AUGGGCUCGGAGGACUUGCAGGAAGGCUGUGGUGUCCUCCCCGUGACGCUGAUGGUGGAUGCUCACCAGAUGGGGCUGAAGGCCAGCACUGCCGGUGGCGUGGCCUGUCUCCUCUCUGGCCUGGAUUGUGGCACCGGCAGCAGGAGGCCUGGGCUGGCACGCCUCAGCAGCGAGGUAGGAGAGCCCUUGCGAGGUGGCAAGGGUUCAAAAGAAAAGCAGAUAGUGAUUACAGUUGAUACUGAAUUCUCCCCAGUGCCAACGUCUCGACAAGGUUUCAUUACGGUGCUGUACCAGAAGCCUGGAACCGAGGGCGCUACCUGCUACUACACGUCCUUCGCCACGGCAGGUCCCGAAGGCGAGAGAGGAAGCAGUGAAAAUGCGGCCCGAGCGGGAGCCGGGCGCUGCCGCUUCCACAGGCUCUGGGUGUUCCGUUCCCGCGGAUGGGAUGUACCCAAAAACCCUUUGCUGCUUACUGGGUGCUACUCAGCACCAGUGUGGUCCGGGAUGGACAGAGCCAGUGGUGCGAGGCUCAGUGAGAAGCUUGGAGUUGCCUCGCCUGGGUCAGAGGAGGUACUGGGAGUCAGGGGUAUGCCUGCUGUGAAACUGGGCACUGUUCGAAGGAUUAUUAUUGAGAAUCCUGAUCAGGAGCCGUUAUCCCCAUUUCUUAGAGGGGGGAAUUUCUGUCCUGGAAAUAAUGUCAUCUAUGAAAAGACAAUAAGAAAAUACGAGCUAUUAAAUCCCCACCAGGAGAAGCAAUACCAAUUUUCCCACCAGUGUCAGAUUCCCCAGCAAGCCGAUCAGUGCCAUGUUGUCCAGCCCUGCCAGCACUUUGAGCAGUCCCAAGUCACCCACCAGUGCCAGCAGACACAGACCAGUAGCCCCUGUGAAGUAAUUCCAGUCUCUGUGAGCGAUGACUGCAGAGGAAAUACAGCGAGGAGGGUAACAGUUCAAACCUCUGAACCGGUGAAUUGCUCUCAGGAAAAUAAUGACCAGCUGGACUGCCGCUACUUUGGUGAGCUCCUUGCUGAACUGAACCGCAAGACCAAUGACUUGUACAGUUGUUUACUACAGCAUGUGGAAAAGAUAGGAGGAAGGAACCAUGACGUUGAAUUUACGUGUCAGUGGCUUCAUUGUAAAACAAACUCGCACAGCUACGUGUAUUUCCAUUACGCGUUUUUUGCAAAGGAUCUUUCACUCUUGCCAAUAAAGCUGCUGUUUAGCAACAUGUGCUGCCAUGCAUCGCAAGAAGUGAGGAAUACUGCCUCUCACAGAGAGGAGAGGAACACUGAAGAUAUUGAAGAUUUAAUUCCCAAAGGCCUGUCUGAGGCAACAAAGCAGCAGAUUCGUUAUCUCCUCCAGAUGAGAGUGACGUCAGAUAAAUCUUUGCGACUCGUGCUUUCCACGUUCAAAAAUUUACGUGAAGAGCUUUGCCAUUUGCAGGAUGACUUGGGGAAGUUAGAAACUGACAGUGUCUUACUUAAGAAGGAUUUGGCUUUUAAAGAUUCUCAAGUAAAAGAGUAUGAAACUAUGUUGACUUCUCUGAGAGAAAAUAAUCGUCAGCAGCAGCAAGGACUCAGGGAGAGCACUGCGAAAUGUCGCUCUCUGGAAGAACAGCUCCUCUCUCUUCGGCUCAGCGAGGGAGAAAAGGAUUGUCACCUAAAGGAACUGGAGUACUGCAAGCGUGCCUUGGAGCAAGAGAUCCAGAGCCUUAGACUACAGGUAACAGGCUCACUUAGCUGCUCUAAUCCAACACUACAGACCACCACAGAUGAACUCUCUAGCCGUUACGUAGAGAUGAUCAAUAACUUGAGAGAGGAUAAAGAUCGCGAGAUCCGCAGUCUUAGGUCUCAGUUAUGCCAAUUCCAGCAAGACAUAUCAAGGAGAGAAGGAAGUAACAGCGACUUGCAAAUAAGGUUGCAUGAACUGACGUCAAUGUUGGAGGAGAAAGACGCUUGUAUUAAACAGCAGCAAGAGGACCUCUUCAGAUUGAAGCAUGAGAAAUUAUCAGGCAGGCAGUCCCCCGGUGUAACAGCUAUCAUCACUAAGAAGUACAGGAAUCAGUAUCCCAUUCUGGGCCUCCUGUCUGAUGACUACAAGGUUACAUCACCCGUCAAUAAAUCGCAAACUAUUUUAAUUGAGAGGACUGGAGAGAUAUGGAAACAUGUAAGUUUACCCAGAGGUUGACUAUGAAGUCUCUGAAAUGCCCAAGUACGCAGUUUAACUUCAAAGAAAGCAUUAGCCAAAAUGGACAUCUGAGGGAAAGCCACAGUGUUAAUUUAACUUGGCUGCAAAAAGUGAGGCGACCGACUGAAGUCAAGGAACUGCAGUGUGUGUUGCAAGAAGGCAGUAAUUGUUGGGUGGGGUAUAAAUGAAGUAACCUUUCGUUGUUUUCUCUGACACAUCACCACCUUUAACAAAACAAGCGGCGUUGCUCUAACACCAGCCUUUGCCCUCACGCACAAGGCAGUCUGCCGGGCGUCCCCGUACUGGGGAGUUAGGUAGGCAGGAACUUGUUCCGGGUUGUGCUCUCAGGUGAAGGAAUGUUUUGGGUGGGCAGUAUUCCUCUGAAUCAUCAGUAUUAAUGACUCCGAACGAUUACUAGAACAUAUUAAGCAAGGACCACGUCCCUGAAACUUACAUUGAGACAGGGCAGUGGCUAACCCAGGAAACGCAGAAGAGUGGCGACUUUUUAGUGAUUCAAAGUAAAAAUAGAAAAUGGGACUGCAGAAGCUAUUCAUGUUACAGGGCGCAAGGUAAUGUCGCCGCCUCCGAGUACAAGGUAAGGGCUUGAGAAGGAUCAACGUGGCCAGUUCACAACCAUGUGUUCGGAGCAAUGGGAUCCGACGACGCUGUCUGCAGGCAGAGCACGGCAGAGCAGCACAAAUAAACAAGUGUUAAGAGAGUGGCUUUGCCGGGGGGACACGACCAAGAAAAAGACAAUUACGUGGGCAGCCUGAGUAGGCGAAGGGUAAAACAUCUGGCAUGUUCUGAAAGGAUGUGUUACCUGGAGUAGGGUUAAGGAAAUGAAAGGUAGAGGUCACUGGCAAACAGCAGAACUUUAUUACUGAUCUCUCAAACUCAUCCAGUUGCAUUGCAACCUAGUGAAAUGUCAAGGAAUUAACCAAACGGUAAUAAAGAAAUAUUACAAAAAUAAAGCCGAAACCCCCUCCCUCCUCGCUUACUUGGGAAGUCAGUCAUACUUUCCGUUAUAGAGAAGGGAAAAGAUGAGCGUACUCUGCAUUUGAAGAGAUCAUUAAAUAAAUGAGAACUGUUUGUAUUUUAAGUAAGUUUCCCAAGCUCUCUAUCAAUCACUAGUGCAAGUUUCAGCUGAAACAAAGUUACUUUGCUGCAAGAUAAACUGGGUAAGUUUGGGAAGUGCCAACUUCACCUUUACUCCAAGCUUCACAAGUACUUCUUCUGUGUUUACGUACUGUCAGGCAAAUCGUUCUGUCUGCGUUCAUUGUUGAACAGUAAUGCUGACAGGUAGCCGAGCAGUGUGGGUUUUGUACUGAAAGCAAGGAGCCUGUACUUGAUGCUGUCCGUCAAGCAGGGAUUACUUGUCAUGCUCAGUCCUUUAGGCUACUCAAAUCAAAGUGCUUAAAUGUUCCUUUUAACAUUGGUCCUAGUUAUGUUGGAGAAAACUUCUAGGGCAGAAAUUGUACAAUACCUACUAUUUAGGUAUCUGGUAACUCCCCGUUCUUGGUUGUUUUUGUCAGUACAGAAAGAGGUAUUGUCCUUGGUUUUGUGUUGACUGGAGACAGUGAAUCAGGCCAGCUCGGACAUCUGCCCCUCGCUGAACAAAAACUGUUUAUGGCUUAAUGAUACGAGUUUGACCUUGCCAGUACCAGCCACUGUGAGCACUGACAUCCUGAGCGCUCGUUAAGGAGGAAAGGCUCGCUGGCCACUUGAGACACUUCAAAAGUCAGGCCGUUAGAGAAAAAGAAAUAUAUAAUUACACAAAGUGUCCUUUUAUACAGACAGUUUUGUUUUAUAUACAGAAAUAAAUUUGUGUAUUUUCUUCUAACAAGCUGCUUGUUUCUUUCAGGAAUGAAAGAAAUCCCUAAGCCGUCAGAGCUGCUCAAAGGAGUUCACGGUGACUAAAAUAUUGCUUUACUUUCUGCUAUUUUGCAUCCGAAAAAGGUUCAGUCUGAUAGAAAGGGCGGGGAAAACAUUCAGGACAUGGAAGCAUGAAGAUGAUGGAACACUGUCUCACCCUCACCAUAAAAAACGCGGUUACCCGUGUCCAUCAUCUGCCACUAACAUCUGUGUACAACUCUUGUUUGUACUUUUCCACGCACUUACUUUUCGCUCAGGAGAGAGCGGCAUGCCGUGCUUUUGUGGACUUCAGUUUUCUUGACAUGACUAACUUCUGUUCUUCAGCCAGUCCUGAAGCAAUCUAGGAGGCAAAGGAAGAAGUCUGAAACCUUUUCCUCUUUGUACUAUUAUUAGCCAUAUUCCUCUGUCCUGUCUACUCAUGCUGAGAA